CUGGAGGGGGCGGGGGAGACGGACUGACUGACUGACUGAGUGGCGAGGGUCCGAGGGAUGCAAUGGCCGGCUGCUGGCUUUAAUAUUUCCCUGGUGGAGUGCGUUGAUUCCCCGCGUGGUGAAGGAGAGAAGCAAGGUAGAAGGCUGUGGUGAGGUGAGGUGAGGUGCUCAUGACCCUGCUGCUGCUUGGCCGGCUCCUGGUGGCUCCCGGCCGUGUCUUCCUGCCCAGCAGCACCACCACCACCACUGCCACCGCCGCCGCUGCUGCACUCACCAGACGCACCAUGGCUCAGGCAAGUGUACAGAGCGCACGUCGAGUGGCGGUGACACAGAUGACUGCCACCACAGACAAGGAGCGCAACUUCAACAUCUGUGCUGACUUAGUGGAGCGAGCAACACAGUGUGGAGCGCAGAUGGUGUUCCUCCCUGAGGCAUGUGACUUCAUAGCUGAGUCAAAGGAGGAGUCGGUGCAGCUGGCAGAGUCGCUGUAUGGCCCCCUGGUGGCCAAAUACCGCAAGAUGGCUGCCUCUCUCAAGGUCUGGCUGUCCCUCGGUGGCCUCCAUGUCAAGGAGGAGGGAGAGGACAAGAUCAGCAACACCCACGUAAUAAUUGACGACCGUGGGGAGCUGGCGCCACGAAUUUCCAAGACCCACCUGUUCAGUGUGCACAUCCCAGAGAGGAACCUGCACUUAGAGGAGAAGACUUAUGUGACCCCCGGCUCGGCAGUGCACCCCCCCAUCGCCACUCCUGUCGGCGAGGUGGCCUUGGCGAUUUGCUAUGACAUGAGGUUUCCUGAGAUGAGUCUGAUGCAAAGGUCCCUCGGCGCCCACAUCCUCACCUUCCCUUCGGCCUUCACUGUCACCACCGGCCUGGCUCACUGGGAACCCUUACUGCGAGUCAGGGCCAUUGAGACACAGUGCUACGUGGUUGCCGCAGCACAGACCGGCCAACAUAACAAGAAGAGAUCAUCGUACGGUCAUGCUAUGAUAGUGGACCCCUGGGGCGCCGUCAUCAGCCAGGUCAGUGAGGGCACAAACUUUGCCGUGGCUGACAUAAACUUGGACUACCUGGAGACCAUAAGGAGAGAGAUGCCUGUACAGAGCCACCGACGUGCUGACCUCUACCACACCAGCCUUCUGCCACACCACACACCUGGACUGCGAGUGUGUGAAUUAGUGCCGCCACCAAGCCACUACGUGAGCUACCAGUUCGGGGGAGUGCGUGUGCCGGGAGGGUGUGUGUUCCUCAAGACACACCUUUCACACGCCUUCGUCAACAAGAAGCCGCUGGUGCCGGGACAUGUUCUUUUAACCCCCGAGCGGCCUGCCCUGCGUCUGGCCCACCUGAGUGCCGCUGAGGUGUGCGACUUGGCCCAGCUCACCCAGCGCACUCUGGAUGUCGUCAUGGACCACUACCGGCCCGACAGCUGCCAGGUGGCCAUUCAGGACGGACCUGCUGCCGGCCAGACCAUUGACCACGUCCACCUGCACAUUGUCCCCCACUCGGCCGCCCUGCGCAAGGCUCUGCAGGGCCACGAGGGCAACCCAGAGAGGCCAUGGCGAGAAGAGAGCGAGAUGGAGGAGGAAGCCAACACUCUUAGACAAGUUGCUGCUCGUGUACUGCCUGCCCUGUCUUCACCCACACCUCAAGUACCAAGAGCUGUAGUGCUGGACUGGGAGCUGCCCCGCCUGCUGCCUCUGGGCCCCAUCGCUGUGCCUGACGCUGCUGUGGUACUCAAGACAAAGCAUUCCUGUGCCUUUGUUGCCCCUAACCCCAUUCUGCCUGGCCAUGUGUAUGUGUCAUCACUGGCGCCGUGUGAGGGGCUGCGGAGGGCCGGGGCUGCACAGGUGGUGGACUUGUUCCUGGCGGCUCAGAUGGUGCAGAAGUGUGUGGAGACUCAUCAAGGUGCUGCUGCCUCCACCCUGGUUAUGCUGGAGUCUGCUUGUCCUCACCAGCAGCACCUUCAAGUACAAAUCGUGCCACGCAGUGAGGACGACCUGCCCAGUAACGACGACAUCUACUCUGCCGUCCUGAGUCACGCCAGCCAGGCACCGCAGUGGACCUUCACCGCAGAGCUGGCCACCGUCGCCAGCCAGCUCAGAGGUCUGGUGUCCCUCAUGUGAAGGCCCCAGCGUGUUGUGAUGGUGGUGGCUCGCUGUGUUGUGUUUCUGAAGGGUGAAGGUUUUCGUAUGUGUGUGUGUGUGUGUGUGUGUGUGUGUGUUUUUGUGUGUGUUACCUAACCUAACCUAAGGGAGUUCAUCUUUCCUAAGCUAAUCGUGUGUGUGUGUGCGUGUGUGUGUGUCUGUGUGUGUGUGUGUGUGUGUCGAUGUUUACUUUUGAGUGUGUUUGAAUGUAUCUUAAUGUAAAGGGAGUUGAUCUGUGUGUGUGUGUGUGUGUGUGUGUGUGUGUGUGUGUGUGUUGGUGUUUUGUUCUAAGUGUGUUUGAGUGUCACCUCCCCUAACUUAAUCUUAUCUGUGAGAAGUGUUCAGCCUCACCCAAUCUCAUCUCUAUGUCUUUUAUUUGUGUUUGAGGUGUUUGGCAGUAACUUCACCUUACUGACCUGAUCUGUGAGAAGCAUAACCUUAACUAAACCUAACCUAACCUAACCUGACCUGACCCAACCUAACCUGACCUUCAUUGACACAAACCAGUCACUGCAUCUCCCAGUAUUUGACCUUACUAUGACAAAAUGUGCAAACUUAACGUAACAUAUCAUAAAUCAGUCAGUCAGUCAGUCAGUCAUUCAGUCAGUCAAUCAAUCAGUCAGUCAAUCAAUCAGUCAGCCAGUGUUUCUUUUCCCUCCAAACCUAAUCUAACCCAACCUAACUGAACCUAACCUUAACCUAACCUAACCAAACCUAAUGUAACCUUAACUAAACCUAUCAGUGUUUUUCCUUCCCACUCUAACCCAUCAGUCAGUCAGUCAGUCAGUCAGUCAGUCAGUUAAUGUGUCCAGUCAUAAAUCUUUUCUCUGUGAUAAAGGUAUAAGAAUUAUUGUAGCAACUUUGUGUGUGUGUGUGUGUGUGUGUGUGUGUGUGUGUGUGUGUGUUUCCUCAAAGGUGCUGUUUUUGUCAACAUACAUAUUGAUUUAGGCUGUGUUAUGUAUAUUUAAGUCUUGGUGUGUGUAUGUGUGUAUGUUUGUUAAUUGUGUAUGGGUUUUGUAUUGGGGAGAAAUCAUUUUUUUGUAUCCGAUUCAUCUUUUGUUCAUUAUUCAUAUUUGUGGCGUAUAUUUGACAUGUUUUUGUUGUUACUGGUGUUAUUGUUAAGUGAUUUAAUUUAGCAUUUUACUCUACUUAUUAAUUCAGUCAUUUAUCAUUAUUAUCAUUAUUAUUAUUAUUAUUUAUGUAUAUUUGUGUUUGUUUACUUAUUAAUUCUUCAUAACACCAGUAGAGAAGUCAUGCAUUAUCUAGAAGCUCAUUUGAUCCCUUGCUAUCUUUCCUUUCAUUAUAACAAGUAGUUGAAUUAUCUAGAAGCUCAUUUGAUCCCUUGCUAUCUUUCCUUUCAUUAUAACAAGUAGUCAUGCAUUAUCUAGAAGCUCAUUUGAUCCCUUGCUAUCUUUCCUUUCAUUAUAACAAGUAGUCAUGCAUUAUCUAGAAGCUCAUUUGAUCCCUUACUAUUUUUGCCUCUAUUAUUGAUUUAUUUACUUAA